AAUGUCAGAGGAUGUUUCCAUGGUGAUGCGCAUCUUUGCCAUUCUUAAAGGGGGACAUUAGAUGCACGUUUAGUAUGCUUCUGUAAGUCUAUAGUAGUGUCCUUCAACAGCCGUGGGACAGAACUUUGCCCAGAAUCUGUGAACGGCUUGUUCUACGAAAGUGGUUAUGGUUUGUGGGACUUUUGGAAUUUCUUCUGAAUUUUUUUCAUCAUUAAAGUGUGGUUGUGUACACACACCAUUAUGUUGAAACACCGUGUGAAAGUAAAUUUUGCAUCUGAUGUUAAUUUUAAUAGAUGUCACCAGAGCUCUCUGACUGUCCAUAGACGGCAAGGGUACUACCACGAUCAAUAGUCCAUGUGGUUAAACCAUAAUAAAGAGUGUGGUGCUGCUGACAUUAGAAAAAAAGCUUGUUUACAUGGGACAUACUUCAUUUUAAGUCCUUAUUAAGUUUAUAUGCCUUGACCAAGGUAGUAUCCUUGAUGUCUAUCGACGUCAGAGAGCUCUCAGAGUUCACAAAAAAAAAUAAAUUAACUUCUUAUGGGUUUGCAACAACAUGAGGGUGAGUCCUCCAAGAAAUGUGCCCGAUGAAAUACUGAAGACAGCUUUUGGAUGGAUAGAUAGAUCUGAUGUGACAACAUCUUACAUUGCUGCAACAUAUAAGACUCCUUAAUGCAAACGACAACAGGUUCCAUAGCAACGACAAAAGAAGAGGAGAGGAUGAGAAUGACGCACAGCUCUCUCUCUCUCUCUCUCUCUCUCUCUCUCUCUCUCUCUCCUGCUUGAGAAACUUUUUGCGUUAGCUGUAAGAUGUGACUGUCUUCCACCUGUAAUGCCCUAAACUCACUCUACGAUGAGAUACAGUCGCUUUCGUGCUGACUUGCGCGAGAUCCUCACUAUCGCGUUUCAUCCGCACAGUAACGCGCUCUUGUCUUUAUUCUUAACAUCAACACAGUUUCAACGCUCAUUUGAAAAAAGCUCUUAGGCAGAUAUUUUUUUUUAGCUCGGUGUUUGGAUAAAAUGUAAUUACGCUCACAUGGGUAUGUACGACCGGCGCGACGCCACAAUGAGGUCGCUUCAUUCUGCUGCUCUCACCGUUUUUACGUCGGAUUUAUAUUUGAUAUGGAUAUUGUUGACUGUAUCGAUAACAACAAUCAAAGCAGCAGGACUGGAGGGCAGGCCAUCAGGAGACUGUCCCCUGGGCCACUUUCCAUGUGGCAAUGUAAGCAUCUGUCUACCACAGGCUCUGCACUGCAACGGCCAAAAUGACUGUCCCAACGGAGCGGAUGAGGACAACUGUGGAGACAACAGUGGCUGGGCAGACCUCUUCGACCAGACUUUUAAAAGGCUUUAUCCACAAGACCUGGCUACAGACUGCCAGGUGAAGCAGUACCCUCAUCGUUGCCAGUGCAAUAACACUUCAAUCCACUGUGUGCACGUCGGCUUGAGUUCCAUUCCUCAGGUGUCAGCGAAUGUUACCUCCCUUUCAUUGAAAAGCAACAAGAUUCGCGUUUUACCCGAUGAGGCUUUCAUCAAAUACAUAAAGCUACAGAGGCUGUUUCUCCAGGAUAAUUGCAUUGGAACUGUUUCCAUUCGUGCUUUUAGUGGACUAUACAAGAUGCAAAAACUAUCUUUGAGCCAGAACUGCAUCUCCUUGCUUUCCCCUGGAGUGUUCAGCGAUCUUCAUAAACUCAAGUGGUUGAUUUUGGAUGACAAUCCCAUAACAACAAUUACAGCCAACACAUUUACCGGCCUGAGCUCCCUCUUCUUCUUGUCAAUGGUGAACACCUCCCUAGAACAGCUUCCACCCUCCAGACUCUGCACCCAUGUGCCCUUUCUCAGCUGGCUGGAUUUUGAGGGAAACCGCAUUAAGACUUUGGGCUUGUCCACUUUCUGCGGUUGUGAGCAUCUGACUGUGCUGUCAUUGAGAACCAAUCUCAUCAACAGUUUGCCAGAAAACACCUUCCAAUCUCUGCGCAUGAUGAGAGACCUAGAUCUGUCCAGUAACUUGUUAAAGGAACUUCCAGUCAGUAUAUUUAAGGAUUUACCCUCAUUGCAGAUUCUGAAUCUUUCCCAAAACCCACUGGACCACAUCCAUCCAGGCCAAUUUAACCACCUGAUUCAGCUUCAGUCUCUUGGACUGGAGGGAGUGGAGAUCCCAAAUAUCCAGACAAGCAUGUUCCACCCCAUGGAUAACCUCUCCUACAUAUAUUUCAAGACGUUUCAGUACUGCUCUUACGCCCCACAUGUCCGAAAGUGUAAACCGAACUCAGAUGGACUCUCGUCUUUUGAAGAUCUGCUUGCUAAUGUGGUCCUUCGUGUGUCGGUGUGGGUCAUGGCUUUUAUCACCUGCUUUGGAAACCUCUUUGUCAUCGGGAUGCGGACAGUCCUGCGGGCCGAGAACAAACUGCAUGCCCUCUGCAUCAAGGUUUUGUGCUGUGCAGACUGCCUGAUGGGGGUCUAUCUGUUUUUCGUGGGCGUCUCUGAUGUGAAGUUUCGUGGCGAGUACAACAAGAACGCUAAGCUGUGGAUGGACAGCCAGCAGUGUCGUAUCAUCGGCUUCCUGGCUAUGCUGUCCUCUGAGGUUUCCGUCAUGCUGCUCACUUAUUUGACCAUGGAGAAGUUCCUGGUUAUUGUUUUUCCUUUCAGCCACCUGCGACCGACCAAGUGCCAAACAUUCACCAUUUUGACCUCUAUAUGGCUGUUGGGUAUCUCUAUAGCUGCAGUGCCUCUGCUUGAUGAGGAGAUGUUUGGGAAUUAUUAUGGACACAAUGGAGUGUGUUUCCCCCUUCACUCUGAACGUCUGGAAAAGCCCAUUGCAAAGGGAUAUUCCACUGGGAUUUUUCUUGGACUUAACCUGGUGGCCUUCCUCAUCAUUGUCGUGUCCUACUCCAGCAUGUUUUACUCCAUCUAUAAGACAGGCAUCAAUGCCACAGAGCUGCGUGGACGUCUGCACAGGGAUGUGGCAAUGGCAAACCGCUUUUUCUUCAUCGUGUUCUCUGAUGCCCUCUGCUGGAUUCCCAUAUUCCUGGUCAAAAUCCUUUCCCUGCUAGAAGUUGAGAUACCAGGAACAAUCACGUCUUGGGUGGUGAUCUUCAUCCUCCCCAUCAACAGUGCCUUGAACCCCAUCCUGUACACCCUGACCACCAGUUUCUUCAGAGAGCAGGUGGAACUUUUAUGGUGCCAUUGCCAGAGGCAGCCAAGGCUCAAACUAGACCGCAAGAGCCUCACCAGCUCUGUUAUCUACACAGACCCCUCAAGGUCUUCUUUCUGCCAUCGCAGCUACAACCCACAGACAUCUAUUUUAGACAUAAAUGGCAGGUAUAGAUAAAAAAAAUCUAUUAUGAACAUUGCAUCUGUCUGUAGUGAAUCUACAGAGUCUUCAGAGUACCGGAGCACUGAAAAACCAUGUCCUGGUAAAGCCUCUUUGCUGGUGAAUAGGAUUAUUAUCAUGGUUUACAAUCAAAUGAUACAGUGAAAGCCUACAUUACACUAUGUAUCUAGAGAUAGGCUAUUAUGGUUGGACAACAUUGAAAAAGCUGAAGAAUAAACAUAAAGUGCAAGGUAUCUUGGCACUGUGCUUUUGCUGUACAUUAGAAAAGGCUUUUAUAAUAGCGCAGUCUGUUAAAGACUUAAGUCGAUACGUUUCCAGAUUUCUUGACAGGAUUGGUUGUUUUUUAAACCGCAACAGC